CUUCCCUGCUGUGGGACACAGGCUACUUAACAACAAGACAGGCGGGAGCUGCCACAGACCCAUCCAACCUCAGCCGGAGCUGUCAGCAUGGCCUAGGGGUGGCUGCACCUUCAUCACGUAGCCUCUGCAUCUCCUUGGGGGACCUUGGCGACACCUGCAACCCCAUUUUCAGGGGAAGAUGAUUCAGAUCAGACUUGCAAGGGUGCUCCUGGCCUGGACCCUCGUCUUGCCAGGGACCCUCUGCGCAGAAAGGACUGGUGACCAGCCGAGGAUGGCCCGGUGUAGCUUUUUUGGAGGUGACUUCAUCAACACCUUUGAUGGAAACCUGUAUAGCUUUGCUGGAGACUGCAGCUACCUGCUGGCAGGGGACUGCCAGGAACGUUCCUUCUCGCUUCUUGGGAACUUCCAAUAUGGCCAGAGAGUGGGCCUCUCUGUGUACCUGGGCGAGUUUUUUGACGUGCAUUUGUUUGUCAAUGGCACGGCCAUGCAGGGUGAUCAAAGAGUCUCCUUGCCUUAUGCCUCCAAUGGGCUGUAUCUGGAAACUGAAGCUGGGUAUCACAAGCUGGCCAGUGAGGCAUAUGGCUUUACAGCCAGAAUGGACGGCGAUGGCAACUUCGAAGUGCUACUAUCAGACAAAUACUUCAACAAGACCUGUGGGCUGUGUGGCAACUACAACAUCUUUGCUGAAGACGACUUCAGGACCCAAGAGGGGACCCUGACAUCAGACCUCUAUGACUUUGCCAACUCCUGGGCUCUGAGCAGUGGGGAACAGCGCUGCCAACGGGCAUCCCUUCCCAACCUCCCAUGUAACAGCUCUUUUGAGGGAAUGCAGGCCUUGUGGGAUCAAUGCCAGCUACUGAAGAGCUCCUCGGCCUUUGCCCGCUGCCACCCUCUGGUGGAUCCCCAGCCUUUUGUGGCCCUGUGUGAGAUGAUGGCAUGUGCCUGCACCCAGGGCCCGGCCUGCUCGUGCUCUGUCCUCUUGGAGUACGCCCGCACUUGUGCCCAGGAGGGCAUGCUGCUGCAUGGAUGGCCCCACCAAAGCACGUGCCGCCCAGCUUGCCCUGCUGGCAUGGAGUACAAGGAGUGUGUGUCGCCUUGCACCAGAACCUGCCAGAGCCUGCACAUCCGGGAAGUGUGUCCGGAGCGGUGCGUGGACGGCUGCAGCUGCCCUGAGGGACAGGUCCUCGAUGGAGAACGCUGUGUGGAGAGUGCCGAGUGUCCCUGUGUGCAUUCGGGGAAGCGGUAUCCUCCCGGGGCUUCCCUCACUCAUGACUGCAACACCUGCAUCUGCCGCAACAGCCAGUGGAUCUGCAGCAAUGAAGAAUGCCCAGGGGAAUGCCUGGUCACUGGCCAGUCCCACUUCAAGAGCUUCGACAACAGGUAUUUUACCUUCAGCGGCAUCUGCCAGUACCUGCUGGCCCGGGACUGCUGGGACCACUCCUUCUCCGUCAUCAUAGAGACAGUGCAGUGUGCUGAUGACCCCGAUGCUGUGUGCACCCGCUCUGUCGCCGCCCGGCUGGACACCCCGCUUCACGGUGGCCUGGUGAAACUGAAGCACGGAGGUGGCGUUGCCAUGGACGGCCGGGACAUUCAGGUCCCCUUCCUGCAAGGUGACCUUCGCAUUGAGCACAUGGUGGCUGGCUCCGUGCGCCUCAGCUACGGCGAGGACCUGCAGAUGGACUGGGAUGGCCGAGGGAGGUUGCUGCUGAAGCUGUCUCCAGUUUAUGCCGGGAGGACAUGUGGCUUGUGCGGGAACUUCAAUGGUGACAGGGGCGACGAUUUCCUGUCCCCCGGGGGCCUGGUGGAGUCCUUGGUGGAAGACUUUGGCAACGCUUGGAAGCUGCACGCUGACUGUCCGGACCUGCGGGAGCAGCACGCGGACCCCUGCAGCCGCAACCCGCGCCAGGCCAGGUUCGCGGAGCAGGCGUGCGCGCUGCUGACUUCCUCCAAGUUUGAGGUCUGCCACGCGGCCGUCAGUCCGCUGCCCUACCUGCGCAACUGCCGCUACGACGUGUGUGCCUGCCCCGAUGGCAAGGAGUGUCUGUGUGGCGCCCUGGCCAGCUACGCUGCCGCCUGCGCUCGGAGAGGCGUGCACGUGGCGUGGCGUGAGCCCAGCUUCUGCGCCCUGAGCUGCCCAGUGGGCCAAGAGUACCAGCAGUGUGGCAUGCCCUGCAACCUGAGCUGCCGCUCCCUCUCCCACCCGGACGAGGAGUGCAACGAGGGCUGCCUGGAGGGCUGCUUCUGUCCCCCGGGGCUGUACCAGGAGGAGAGUGGGCAGUGUGUGCCCAAGGCUCAGUGCCCCUGUUACUAUGAUGGCGAGAUCUUCAGGCCUGGAGACGUCUUCUCUGAUCAUCAUACCAUGUGCUACUGUGAGGACGGUUUCAUGCACUGCACCUCAAGCGGAGCCCCCGGGAGCCUGCUGCCCCCCGCCGCCGCCAUCGCCCCCUCACACCGCAGCAAACGGAGCCUGUACUGCCGCCCCCCAAUGGUCAAGUUCGUGUGUCCUGCCGACAACCCACGCGCCCAGGGCCUGGAGUGUGCCAAGACGUGUCAAAACUAUGACUUGGAGUGCAUGAGCAGUGGCUGCGUCUCAGGCUGCCUCUGUCCCCCGGGCAUGGUCCGGCACGAGAACAAGUGUGUUGAACUGGAGAGGUGCCCCUGCUUCCACCAGGGUCGGGAGUACGCCCCUGGGGAGACGGUGAAGAUGAACUGCAACACCUGUGUCUGUCGGGACCGGAAGUGGAACUGCACGGCCCAUGUGUGCGACGCCACGUGCUCCACCAUUGGCAUGGCUCACUACCUCACCUUUGACGGGCUCAAGUACAUGUUUCCGGGGGAGUGCCAGUACGUUCUGGCGCAGGAUUACUGUGGGGGGAACUCUGGCACCUUUCGGAUCCUGGUGGGCAAUGAGGGCUGUGGCUACCCCUCAGUGGCAUGCAAGAAGCGGGUCACCAUCCUGGUGGAAGGAGCAGAGAUAGAGCUGUUUGAUGGGGAGGUGAAUGUGAAGAGGCCACUGAAGGAUGAGACACACUUUGAGGUGAUAGAGUCGGGCCGCUACGUUCUCCUGCUGCUGGGCAGAGCCCUGAGUGUGGUAUGGGAUCGCCGCCUGGGCGUCUCUGUGGUCCUGAAAGAGACAUACCAGGAGCAAGUGUGUGGGCUGUGUGGGAAUUUUGACGGUGUCCAGAACAAUGACUUUACCAGCAGCAACCUCCAAGUGGAGGAAGACCCCGUAGACUUCGGCAAUUCCUGGAAGGUGAACCCACAGUGUGCAGACACCAGGAAGGUGCUGUUGGAGUUGUCUCCUGCCACCUGCCGGAACAACGUGGUGAAGCAGACGAUGGUAGAUUCCUCCUGCAGGAUUCUUACCAGUGCUGUUUUCCAAGGCUGCAACAAACUGGUGGACCCGGAGCCGUUCCUGGAUGUUUGCAUUUACGACACCUGCUCUUGUGAGUCCAUUGGUGACUGUGUGUGCUUCUGUGACACCAUUGCUGCCUACGCCCACGUGUGUGCCCAGCACGGGAAGGUGGUGAACUGGAGGACCGCCACCUUGUGCCCUCAGAGCUGCGAGGAGAGGAACAUCCGGGAGAGCGGGUAUGAGUGCGAGUGGCGCUACAACAGCUGUGCGUCCGCCUGCCCUGUCACGUGCCAGCACCCCGAGCCGCUGCCAUGCCCUGUGCAGUGUGUGGAGGGCUGCCACGCACACUGCCCUCCAGGGAAGAUCCUGGAUGAACUCCUGCAGACCUGCAUCGAGCCCCAGGACUGCCCCGUGUGUGAGGUGGCUGGCCGGCGUCUGGCUUCAGGAAAGACCAUCACCUUGAACCCUGGCGACCCUGCUCACUGCCAGAUUUGUCACUGUGACAGUGUCAACCUCACCUGUGAGGCCUGCCAGGAGCCGGGAGGCUUGGUGGUACCCCCUACAGAUGUCCCAGCCAGGCCCACCACUCCGUAUGUAGAAGACACCCCCGAGCCGCCGCUACACAACUUCUACUGCAGCAAACUGCUGGAUCUGGUCUUCCUGCUGGACGGCUCCUCCCAGCUGUCAGAGGCCGAGUUUGAGGUGCUGAAGGCUUUCGUGGUGAGCAUGAUGGAGCGGCUGCACAUCUCGCAGAAGCGCAUCCGUGUGGCUGUGGUGGAGUACCACGACGGCUCCCACGCCUACAUUAGCCUCAAGGACCGCAAGCGACCCUCUGAGCUGCGCCGCAUCGCCAGCCAGGUCAAGUAUGCGGGCAGUCAGGUGGCCUCCACCAGCGAGGUCCUCAAGUACACACUGUUCCAAAUCUUCAGCAAGGUGGACCGGCCCGAGGCCUCCCGUAUCAUCCUGCUCCUGUCCGCCAGCCAGGAGCCGCCGCGGAUGGCCCGCAACCUGAUCCGCUAUGUCCAAGGCCUGAAGAAGAAAAAGGUCAUUGUGAUCCCUGUGGGCAUCGGGCCACAUGUCAGCCUCAGGCAGAUCCGCCGCAUUGAGGAGCAGGCCCCGGAGAACAAGGCCUUUGUGCUCAGCGGAGUGGAUGAGCUGGAGCAGCGGCGGGAUGAGAUCAUCAGUUACCUGUGUGACCUGGCUCCUGAAGCCCCCGGUGCCACUCAGCGGCCGCCCGUGGCCAAGGUCACCGCCACUCCAGGGCAAUUGGAGACAACACCCCUGGUGUCCAAGCGGAAGGCCAUGGUUCUGGAUGUGGUGUUUGUUCUGGAAGGAUCAGACCAAAUCGGGGAAGCCAACUUCAACAGGAGCAAGGAGUUCGUGGAGGAGGUGAUCCGGCGCAUGGAUGUGGGCCCGGGCAGCGUCCAUGUCACUGUACUGCAGUACUCCUACGUGGUCACUGUGGAGCACACCUUCAGUGAGACCCAGUCCAAGGCUGACCUCCUCCAGCAGGUGCGAGAAAUCCGCUACCGAGGUGGCAACACUACCAACACGGGACUGGCGUUGCAGUACCUCUCUGAGCACAGCUUCUCCACCAGCCAGGGGGACCGGGAGCAAGCCCCCAACCUGGUCUAUAUGGUCACUGGGAAUCCUGCUUCCGACAAGAUCAAGCGGCUGCCCCGAGACAUCCAGCUGGUACCCAUUGGAGUGGGCCCCCACGCUGAUGUGCAGGAGCUGGAGAGGCUUGCCUGGCCCAAUGCCCCCAUCCUCAUCCAGGACUUUGACAGGCUCCCCCGAGAGGCUCCGGACCUGGUGCUACAGCGGCCCACCCUGUCUCCUGCCAGCGACUGCAGCCAGCCCCUGGAUGUGGUCCUUCUCCUGGAUGGCUCCUCUGGCUCGCCACCUUCACACUUUGAUAAGAUGAAGAGUUUCGCCAAGGCUUUCAUCUCUAAAGCCAGUCUGGGGCCUCACCUCACUCGCGUGUCUGUGCUGCAGUAUGGGAGCAUCACCACCAUCGAUGUGCCAUGGACUGUGGCCCAGGACAAAACCAACCUGCUGAACCUUGUGGACCUCAUGCAGCGCGAGGGCGGCCCCAGCCAGAUUGGGGAUGCACUGGGCUUUGCAGUACGAUACGUCACUUCGCAAGUGCAUGGAGCCAGGCCCGGAGCCUCGAAGGUGGUGGUGGUCCUCGUUACAGACGUCUCUGUGGACUCGGUGGAUGCAGCUGCCGCCGCCGCUAGGUCCAACCGGGUGACGGUGUUCCCCAUUGCCAUUGGGGAUCGGUAUGAUGAUGCCCAGCUGAGCACCUUGGCAGGCCCCAAGGCUGGCUCCAACGUGGUGAAGCUCCAGCGUGUGGAAGACCUCCCUUCCAUGGUCACCCUGGGCAAUUCCUUCUUCCACAAACUGUGCUCUGGGUUCGUUAGAGUUUGUACAGAUGAGGACGGGAAUGAGAAGAGGCCUGGCGAUGUGUGGAAUCUAUCAGACCAGUGUCACACUGUGACGUGCCUGCCAGAUGGCCAGACUUUGCUGAAAAGUCAUCGGGUCAACUGUGACCGAGGGCCCAGACCGUCCUGCCCCAACAGCCAGUCGCCUAUUCGGGUGGAAGAGACCUGUGGCUGCCGCUGGACCUGUCCCUGUGUGUGCAUGGGCAGCUCCACACGGCACAUCGUGACGUUUGAUGGGCAGAAUUUUAAGCUGACCGGUAGCUGCUCCUACGUCCUAUUUCAAAACAAGGAGCAGGAUCUGGAGGUGGUUCUCCGUAACGGUGCCUGCAGCCCUGGGACGCGCCCGACCUGCAUGAAAUCCAUUGAAGUAAAGCAUGGCGCCCUGGCCAUUGAGCUCCACAGCGACAUGGAGGUGACAGUGAAUGGAAAACUGGUCCCUGUCCCAUACACGGGUGGGAACGUAGAAGCCAGUGUCUAUGGUGCAAUCAUGCAUGAAGUCAGACUCAACGAUCUUGGCCACAUCUUCACAUUCACUCCACAAAACAAUGAGUUCCAACUGCAGCUCAGCCCCAAGACCUUUGCUGCCAGGACGUAUGGUCUGUGCGGCACUUGUGAUGAGAAUGGGGCCAAUGACUUCAUGCUGAAGGACGGGACAGUGACCACGGAUCUGCCACGGCUUAUCCAGGAAUGGACGGUGCAGCAGCCAGGGCAGACGUGUCAGCCCCUUCCCGAGGAGCAGUGUCCUGUCUCUGACAGCUCCCGCUGCCAGCUCCUCCUUUCGGCACAGUUUGCUGAGUGCCACAAGGUCCUCGAUCCAGCCACGUUCUAUGCCAUCUGCCAGCAGGACAGUUGCAACCGAGAGCAAGUGUGCGAGGUGGUCGCCUCUUACGCCCACCUCUGCCGCACCAAUGGGGUCUGUGUUAACUGGAGGACAGCCGAUUUUUGUGCCAUGUCCUGUCCAUCCUCCCUGGUGUACAGCCACUGUGAACGUGGCUGCCCGAAGCACUGUGACGGCAACGUGAGCUCCUGUGGGGAGCACCCCGUGGAAGGCUGCUUCUGCCCCCAGCGCCAGCUCGUGCUGGGAGGCACCUGCGUCCCGGAGGAGGCCUGCACUCAGUGUGUGGAUGAGGGUGGCGUUCGGCGACAGUUCCUAGAGACCUGGGUCCCCGACCACCAGCCCUGCCAGCUCUGCUCAUGUCUCAGUGGGAGGAAGGUCAACUGCACUUCACAGCCCUGCCCCACUGCCAAAGCUCCCACGUGUGGCCCAUGCGAAGUGGCCCGGCUCCACCAGAGCACCCACCAAUGCUGUCCGGAGUACGAGUGUGUGUGUGACCUUAUGAAUUGUGUCCUGCCUCCGGUACCUCCCUGUGAAGACGGAUUGAAGCUGACACUGACCAAUCCAGGCGAAUGCAGACCCAACUUCACCUGCACCUGCCGGAAGGAGGAGUGUGAAAGGACGUCCCCACCCUCGUGUCCCCCCCACCGGACACCAGCCCUGCGGAAGACCCUGUGCUGUGAUGACUAUGAGUGUGUUUGCAACUGUGCCAACUCCACGGUGAGCUGUCCGCUCGGGUACCUGGCCUCCACCACCACCAACGACUGUGGCUGCACCACCACCACCUGCCUCCCUGAUAAGGUGUGUGUCCACCAUGGCACCAUUUACCCUGUGGGCCAGUUCUGGGAGGAGGGCUGUGAUAUGUGUACCUGCACGGACAUGGAGGAUACAGUGAUGGGCCUGCGUGUGGCUCAGUGUGCACCGAAGCCAUGUGAACAGAGCUGUCGGACGGGUUUCACCUACGUGCUGCAUGAUGGAGAAUGCUGUGGGCGGUGUCUGCCAUCUGCCUGCGAGGUGGCAGCAGACUCACCGCGAGGAGAUUCUCAGUCUUCCUGGAAGAGCGUGGGCUCUCACUGGGCCUCCCCCGAGAACCCCUGCCUCAUCAAUGAGUGUGUCAGAGUGAAGGAGGAAGUGUUUGUACAGCAGAGGAACGUCUCCUGCCCCCAGCUGGACUUUCCUACCUGCCCUGUGGGCUUCCAGCAGAGUUGUAAGACUUUGGAGUGCUGUCCCAGCUGUCGCUGUGUGCCUGUGGAGGCGUGUAUGCUCAAUGGUACCAUCAUCGCGCCCGGGAAAAGCGUGAUGAUUGACGUGUGCACCACGUGCCGCUGCACUGCGCAGCUGGGGCCUGUCUCCGGGUUCAAGCUGGAGUGCAGGAAGACCACAUGCGAGGCCUGCCCCCUGGGCUACAAGGAAGAAAGGAGCCAAGGUGAAUGCUGUGGGAGAUGUCUGCCUACAGGCUGCACCAUUCAGCUGCGAGGAGGACAGAUCAUGACGUUGAAGCGUGGUGAGACAUUUCAGGACGGCUGUGACAGUCACUUCUGCAAGGUCAAUGACAGAGGAGAGGUCACUUGGGAGAAGAGGAUCACGGGCUGCCCACCUUUUGAUGAACACAGAUGUCUGGCGGAAGGAGGGAAAAUCGUGAAAAUUCCAGGCACCUGCUGUGACACAUGUGAGGAGCCUGACUGUAAGGACAUCACUGCCAGGCUGCAGUAUGUCAAAGUGGGAGAGUGUAAGUCCCGAGAGCAGGUGGACAUCCAUUACUGCCAGGGCAAAUGUGGCAGCAAAGCCGUGUACUCCAUUGAUAUCGAAGAAGUGCAGGACCAGUGCUCCUGCUGCUCGCCGACACGGACUGAGCCGGUGCGGGUGCCCCUGUACUGCACCAAUGGCUCGCUUGUGUACCAUGAAGUCCUCAAUGCCAUGCAGUGCAAGUGCUCUCCUCGGAAGUGCACCAAAUGAGACCCAUCACCACAGGGGAUGCCUGCUGCUGCCUGCCUUGUGCCCGAAUAGCCAGAGUGUUGUUAAUCUCUGUGCAUUCUGUUCUGGUGCCCUCCCCAGGCCCAAAAUAAAUGUCAUGCUUCAUGUUGUAAAUGGCUGGUG